GUCAGUGACAAGAACAUCUCCAGUUUCUGUUUGCUGUUGGAUGAUGUUGCAGAACCUGCUGAUCACCCUCUGCAUUGCUUUGAGUUGUGUGAGCAGUGCAGCCGAGGUGAUCCUUGUCUCUGGAUAUGAGGGCAGAAAUGUGACGGUGUCCUGCCCCUACGAUCAGGGUUAUGAAUCUUAUGACAAGUAUCUGUGCAAGAACGACUGUGGCAAUGCAGAUGUUUUAAUCAUGACUACAGAAGCACAGAAGGGAAGAUACGCUAUCCGUGAUAAUGAGGAGAAACAAAUCUUUACUGUGACCAUCUCUAAUCUACGUGCUAUAGAUGCUGGGAAAUAUUGGUGUGGAGUGAGCAAGACUGGAUAUGACAUCUUCACUGAAGUACUGCUACAGGUAGAGCAAGAGUGGUGCUGCGUAAAGAAAAACACCCUGGUGGGAACUGUGGGACACCCCCUCACUUUGCCAUGCCCCUAUCCACCACAACACUGGGAUAACAGGAAGUUCCUCUGCAAAGGAGACCACCGCAACAACUGCACAGACAUGGUGACAAGUGGAAGCAGGUUCACGUUGCAGGAUGAUGCUCCUUCCAGCUCUUUCUUGGUGACAAUCACAGAGCUGGAAGCUGGUGAUACUGGGACAUACUGGUGUGGAUCAGACUCUGAGUGGAGUGUUGGAAACUACACCAAGAUUCAGUUGUCAGUAGCUUUGCCUUGGCAGACCAGCACCUUGGAAACACAUAGAUCUAAAUCAACACUUAUUUCAGACACUCUACCCAUUGGAAUUGUUGUUUACACUGUUCCUGCUCUCCUGAUCCUCCUUUCCAUUGCUCUCAUUGUAGUCUUUAAAUGCAAACUGAAAGGACCUGAAGCCAGUCCUGACAGGGAAAUUAGAAAGUUUGAAGCACUCAAAACGGAAUGUGAAAAUCCAGAAGAUGCUUCUCAUCCAUACCAGCAGAGCACCAGUUCCAGUGUUGCUCAAACUCAAGAAAAUAUGUACCAGACCAUCACUGCAUCAGAAGAUAUCUACUCUAUUUGUCAGUAGUUACAGCAAAAAUGAUAAAGCCGGUAAAAAUAAAGAUAUAGAAGCUACCUUUCUCACACUAAGAUUAAAAAAAUAAACAUGAAUUAAUCUCCCAACUCCAGGUUAUUCCUGCUUGUAGUUUCUGUAGCCACUUAUUUGUCUGCAUUUCACUCCAGCCUUACAUUUGUUUUAGUUUGUUUGUUUUUUGUUUUAAUAAAGAUCCUCAUCAACAUGGACAUUAACAUCUGGGACCAUAGAAAAAUUGAAUUAAAGAAUAACAGUUUAUGGUUCAAAUCUCGGCAGGUGCUUUUCGGAGUGGAGUUUACACCUUCGCCCUAUGCUUACAUGUUUUUUGUUUGCUUGUUUUGUUUUUGUUUUCGUCAGUCCAAUAAAAUUGGAUUCAACAAAAUUAAUGCUAUGUUAGGCAAAGGUUUUUUUUUUUUUUUUUUUUUGUUUAUUUCAUUUUUGCAAUGGAUCAAAAAGAAGAAGGAGAAGAAAAGGAAAGUCAGGUUUGCUAAAGAGAAUUGUAUUUACAGCUACUCUGCCAGAGAGGAAGUAUGACUAUUAAUCACAUUGGUAUAUGUUUAUGAUAGGGGGGUUGACUACUGCAAUUAAAACAAAAGUCUCUAAAUAAUACCAUAUGGGUAUUCAUUGUACCUAACCUGACAUGGCCCUGACUUAGGACUGUUGUGGUGAUUUCAAAUUAUUCCCUUUAUUAUAUUGUGUCUACUGAUCACUCUCAGGGUAAACAGGUUGUUUAGGUUCUUGGUAAUUAAGUUUAAUACUGAGUAGCCUGUUGCUAUCAUGCAUUCU